AGGAGAAGAAAAAGGGUAGAGAGACAGGGAGGGAGAGGGGCGGAGAGGCAUUCAGGCAGCUCCGUGUCUCUCUCUCGCGUGCUCUCUUCCCAGUCCCCAUACUCUCUUUUCUUUCGAAGCCCACAAAGUAGAGUAACCCUCGUCUCCUCGAUUUCGAUGCCCGACUCCAUUCGAUUCCGGCAGCUCCUCCGCUGUCUCGGGGAUCCGAUCCUCCGUCGUAGCUCGGUUUUGGAUUUCUUGUGUUCGUGCCCCAGUAGAGUUUGGUUGGGAUCUAAUGGACCAGUACGAGAAGGUGGAGAAGAUUGGGGAAGGGACCUACGGAGUGGUGUACAAGGCUCGAGACCGUCUGACCAAUGAGAUGAUAGCUCUGAAAAAGAUUCGCCUGGAGCAAGAAGAUGAGGGAGUUCCCAGCACAGCCAUAAGAGAGAUCUCUGAGCAGUAGGCGAAGAACAAAAAUUACUGAUGGCCUUUCCAGCCCUGUUUUUGCUUCCAUCUUAUGUGUGUAAGCAAGAUCAAGAAAGUGUUGGAUCUGCUGGUGUGAAAUCACUAAGAGCAUUGGCAUUCCUUGGAGCAGGUGUUUCUGGUAUAUUGAGCCUGGCUACUUUGGCAUCUGGUGAUGAAGCUGAGCAUGGCCUACCAUGUCCAAUCUGUCCUUGGCCUCACAAAGGCAUUCUUAGUUCCUAUGACCACGCAUCAAUUCGGCGUGGUCACCAAUUUUACCAACAAGUUUGUGCUUCUUGCCAUUCAAUGUCUCUGAUUUCAUAUCGAGAUCUUGUUGGUGUAGCAUACACUGAAGAGGAGACAAAGGCUAUGGCAGCUGAGGUUGAGGUGGUUGAUGGGCCAAAUGAUGAAGGUGAAAUGUUCACACGUCCUGGUAAAUUAAGCGAUCGUUUCCCUCAGCCAUAUCCAAAUGAACAAGCAGCAAGAUUUGCCAAUGGAGGAGCAUAUCCUCCAGACUUAAGCAUUAUCACCAAGGCACGACACAAUGGCCAAAACUAUGUUUUUGCCCUACUCACAGGAUAUCAUGAUCCUCCUGCAGGUGUUUUGAUUCCUAAUACUUCAAAUGCUUGCAGAGAUGAUGAUGAUGGAGCUGAAUCCCGUUCCUGAUACUUUGUAGAUUGUUUUUUAUGGAGUUUGAUAUGUAAAAGUACAUUGUAAUUCAUAACUUUUUACGUAAAUUUAUAUUUCAAAUGAUCUAAAUGUUUGUCAAUAUCAAUGUAAUUUGAAUGUUUGGUUCAUAUUGUAUAAUGUGUGUUUUAUGAUU